CCGGUAUACACUUGAGCGCACAUGCAGCGAGAACGCAUGAGACGUGCGUGCGUUCUCUAGUGUGGACGGGCUUCUCGCCUUUUCUCGACACAUGUUUUUUGUUUCACGAGACACUGCGAGCGCACAUGUAGCGAGCCAAAACGUGUCGGUCUUUUGACAUUUCUCAAAGGACUCAACGCAUGCAUGUGUUCUCAGUUUGGACGGUGACAGUGCGAAUGCAACAUGUGCGAAGAGUGGAGCCAUGAAAAAUGUUUAGAAUUGGUGGAUAUUUACGAAAAAUAUCCGCUAUUGUGGAACGCGAAACAUCCACAAUAUUUUUCCAAAAAGAAAAAACAUGACGCUUGGGUGGAAAUUGCGACAAAAUUGGAUAUGGAGUUGCAAGAGGUGAAAAGCAAAAUGAAUAGUUUGCUGGGUUCCUUCAGAAGCCAGAAAAGCAAAGGAAAAAAAACAGUAGGCAGUGGAAAAGGACGCCAGGAAGUAUAUGUGUCGAAAUGGUUUGCUUUCCAGAGAAUGAUGUUUUUACUUGACAAAGAUGAAAGUCGGCCCACUGUCGACACUGAAACUCUGGAUGAAGUUGACGACUCGCAGAAUGAAGCCGGUACGUCUCAAGAGGACUAUGGAGAGGAUACACUAACUGAACCAUCAGAAAAUGUUCCAGAAGAUGUGCCUGUUCUUUCCACGGAAAAUGUGAAGUCUCCACAUGGAAGACCACCUAAGCCUAAAAGAAUGAAACACGAUAAAGGCGACACGCAGCUGAACGAGGCAUUGCAACUGCUGAAAGAUACUCAUAAUCGGUACACUAUGUCGCAAUCGCAGUUACCAGCAGAUAGGUUUAAUAUUUUUUCUCAACACGUAGCAGCGAAGUUGAGAACAUAUACCCCCAGAACGCAGGUGUAUGUAGAACAUGCAAUUAAUAAUAUCCUAUUUGAAGCCGAUAUAGGAUACUACGAUAUUCCGACGACCAAUCCUUUGUUAGCUACUGGUACUCGCCCCAGCUCUUCGACUAGCAGUGACCCACUACUGUCACCGCAAUCGCAAUAUGUGUCUGAUAACUGUGUGCUUAGUCCGCAGUCAUCACAUAAUACGGUUGCCGAUGGAAAUUUGUAUCACUAAUAUAGUUAGUUUUACACAAUUAAAUAUUUUAUUAAAGAAA